AUGACGGCGGAGUGGGACGCGCUGCGGACCCUGGCCAAGGUCGAGAUCGGUGCAGCAGUCGCUACGCAGGCGUACGACUUGCUGGGACUCGUGUUUGGCGAUCUGAAGCGCGCGAAUGCGCCACCGGCGCCGUUGUCGGAAGCAGAGGCGUGCGAAGAAACGGUACACGUCGCCCAGUUCUGGCGCCAUAUGCGGUUCUGGCACCAUGUGCAGGCCGUGCUCGUGGUCGGCGGCCUUCUUCUUUCUACGAUUUCCAUCGAGGACGGUGUCGAGGUGCGUGCGCAGGGAGGCGCGGUCCUCCUCGCCUACCUGCUCCUCCUGCCCAUGGCCCUGCGCGCGCUCGCGCCGAGGUUCCGUGGCGCGUCGCGCUGGCGCGCCAUCUGCUGCAUAUUUAGCAUUGCAUUCUUCAUGUCGAUCGGCGAGCUCUUUCGCUACGCGUUUGGCGCGCCUUUCUCGACAAGAGACUGGGCGCAGCUCGCCAACUUUGUGCUCCUCUUUUGCCUCAGCGGCUCGCUGCCAGGCCAGCCGGCGCGCAUCGCGACCGGCGGAGGCGCACUCGCGCUGACGCUCGAAGAUACCGAGCCUGAGGAUGGCGAGGCGCUCCCGUCGACCGUGCCGGUCGCUGAGACGAUGUCGAUCGCCAACUCGCCUCUCGGCCAACUCUUUUUUGUGCACUUUUUGCGCCUCGUUCGCGCGACGCAGCGCCACGGUUUCUUGCGUGCGAUCGACGUGCCGAUCAUGGGACACGCCAUGCAGGCCGAGUCGCUCUCGGUCAAGGCGCGUAUCCUUCUGCACCGCUUUCUCCCGGCCGCGUCUGCGGCGCUGUACCACGACGAGUCGCCCCGCGCGGCGCUCGCAGAGGCGCCGGCACGCAUCGGCCUCUGGUCGCGCGAGACGCGCGGCCUGAUGGCCGUCUUGUUCCUCGCGAAUACCGGCUACUUUCUCAUGAUGUUUACGCUGACGAUCGUGUCGGUGCUCUUUUACUAUGCCCCGUCCUUCUUUGCGAACCGCAUCUUUGCGGUGCUCGAGACGGAGGACAAGCUCGUGGAGCUUCCGAUGGACACGCUGAUGCGUGCACUCCCGUGGGUCCUUGGCCUGUUCCUCACGGUGAUUAUCAGCAGUACGGUCCAAGGGCAGCUCUGGUCGAUUCUCGAAGCGCAGCUGAAUGUGCGCAUCACCACGCAGCUCUCGACGAUGCUCUACGACAAGACGCUGAACCGCCGUAACGAGACGCGCGCGAACGAAGAGGGGCCGUCGAGCAGCAGCCAAGUGCUCACGCUCCACCUCGUCGAUCUGAAGCGCGUCACGACGAUGCUUUUCGACCUGUUCAUGCUGAUCAAUGUGCCGUUUGAGCUGGCUCUCGGUGGGUACUUUGCGUACCGAAUCCUCGGCGUGUCGGCGAUUGUCGGCCUCGCCUCGACGCUCAUUCUCAUUCCAUCGAUCUCGAUUGUGAGCAAGCGCUUCUCCCAUGCAAACGAACAGCUGAUGGCUGCGCGCGACAAGCGCAUGGGGCUGCUGAACGAGUGCUUCCUGGGCAUUCGCAUGAUCAAGUCGCAAGCGUGGGAACGCCGCUUUGACGAGCGUAUCCAAAAGCCACGCACAGAAGAGCUCAACCAGCAGCGCUGGACAUUCGUCCUCGAAUCGUGCCUGAGCAUCAUUCUCGAAGUGAAUCCUUUGCUCGUUACUGUUGUCGCCUUCUCGUACUAUACGCUGGUCCUGCACGAAACGCUCACGCCCAAAAUUGCGUUUACGUCGCUGGCCGUGUUUAGCGAGUUGCGCUGGACACUGACCAUGCUUCCCUCUUCGCUCACCAACAUCAUGCAGGCGAUGGUCUCGCUGCGCCGCAUCUGCGAGUUUCUGCUGCGUGAUCAGGUCGCCCCGUCGCCGACCGGCGGCGCGGACGAGCCGCCGAAAGACGCGCCGCGCCCCAUUGUCGCCCUGGAAAAUGCGACCGUUUCCUGGCCCGCCGAGGCCGGCGCGGCCAAUGUCUUUACACUGCACGACCUCUCGGUCAAAUUUGCGCCAGGCCGUAACUUGAUUUGCGGCCGCGUCGGCACAGGCAAGUCGCUCCUGCUGCAUGCACUCCUGCACGAGGCCGAGUUGCGCUCCGGGAAUGUGGUAUGCCCCCGCUCGCCAUUCGACGGUAUCCCUUUUGACACCGCGACGCGCGAGGCGGCGGUCGAUGCUCUAAACACGGACCGCUGGUUGCGCCCUGAUCUGGUGGCCUUUGCGCCGCAGACGCCGUACCUGAUGAACACGACGCUGCGUGAAAACAUCCUCUUUGGCCUGCCGCUCGGCAACGCCAAGCGCUACCAGGCGGUGCUCGAGGCGUGCUCGCUGCGUGGCGACCUGCAGCAGCUCGAGCACGGCGACAUGACCGACGUGGGCGAGAAUGGCACAGAGCUGUCCGGUGGUCAAAAAGCGCGCGUCGCCCUUGCGCGUGCGGUGUACUCGCGUGCGAGUGUCCUGCUCCUGGACGACGUGCUUUCGGCGGUCGAUGCACACACCGCCAAGCACCUUGCCGAGCGCCUGCUGGCCGGUCCGCUGAUCGAAGGGCGCACGCUGCUGCUCGUCUCGCACAAUGUGCAGUUAGUCGGACCCCAGAUGGACAAGGUCGUGUAUCUCGAUGACCGGCGUAUUGCCUUUGACGGAAGUGGGCCCGAGUUCCUCAAGUCGACCCAUUUUAACGGCCUGCUCGAGGCAAAGGAAGAGGAUGAGGAGCCUUCCGAGAAGCAGCCGGAGGACGCCAAGCUCAGCGAACAUGGUGGAAAAAGCCGCGCGAUUGAGCACCGCGAGCGCGGUAGCAUCGCGUGGCGAGUGUGGGAGGCGUAUGUCCAAGCCAGCAGCGGCUGGCCGCUGUGCAUCGUGACGAUGCUCCUCUUUGCUGCCUCGAGUCUCUGGGACCUGGUGAACAACGCAUGGCUGCGCGACUGGAGUGCGACGAUCGGAAAGUCGACGCACGCGAGUGCGUGGUGGCUUUCGUGGUACGUGGUGCUGGUCGUGACCGGUAUCUUGUUCGGCGUGCUGCGCUGGGUCGGGAUCUACACCAUGUCACUUCUUGCGUCGCGUAGGCUCUUUGACAAGAUGCUCUGGCGCACGCUGCGUGCCCCGCUGCGUUUCCACGACAUGAUGACGCGCGGCCGCCUGCUGAACCGCUUUGGGCAGGACCUCGAGGUGCUCGACUCCAAAUUUGCACGCGCGAUUGCCGACGUGGUCAUCCGCGUUACGCAGCUGCUGACGACAUGCAUUGCGUUAUACAUUGUGAGCGGCUGGCGCUUCGUUUUGGCCUUGCUCCUGCUCACGCCCCUAUACACGACGCUGAGCAAGUGGUACAUUGCGACUGCACGCGACUUGCAGCGCCUUACUUCAACCUCGCGCACGCUCGUCGUGAAUUCGUUCGGAAACGCAGUGCAUGGUGUUACUGUGCUGCGUGCGUUCGGUGCGCAGCAGCGCUUUACCAACGAGAUGUAUGCGGUGCUCGAUAACAACAACCGCUACAUCUGGUGGACGAACCAGGGCAGCCGCUGGAUAUCUCAAAUGUUCAACUUGAUCUCCUCAGUGCUCGUCCUUGGCUCUUGUCUGAUGAUUCUCCUUGAGCAAGACGUCGAUGCGCCCGCCGCCGACUUUUCGAUUACGUUCCUGAUCGACCUCAACUUUAAUAUUCUGAUCCUCAUGCGCAUGUACACGAUUUUCCAGACGUCGGGCGUCGCCGUCGAACGUGUGUUUGAGUUUGCGGAUACCAUUGACCAGGAGGCCGCCGAGGUUUGCGAGCCGCGCCCGUCUGCCGACUGGCCGGAGCACGGCAAGAUCGUCGUGCGCGACCUGUGCAUGCGCUACGCGCCAGGCCUCCCUGACGUCUUGCGCCACGUCUCGUUCGAGGUGCAGCCGAGCACGAAGCUCGCCGUCGUCGGGCCGACCGGCAGUGGCAAGUCGACGCUGGCCAACGCGUUCCUGCGCUUUGUCGAGUCGCACGAGGGCUCCAUUACAAUCGACGGCGUGGACAUUGCGCAAGUCGGCCUGACCGAUCUGCGCUCGCGCCUGCAGAUCGUGCCGCAGGACCCAGUGAUUCUUUCGGGGUCGCUGCGCUCGGUGCUCGAUGUGCUCGGCGAGUUUACCGACGAACAGCUCCUCGAUGCACUGCGCACCGUGCACCUCGUCGACGGACCGUCGAGCCAGUUUGCUAACCUCGACUUUUCCAUCGCAGAGAGCGGCACGAACCUGAGCCAGGGCCAGCGCCAGCUCCUCUGCCUCGCGCGAGCCAUCCUGCGCCGCUCGCGUGUCGUGCUCUUUGACGAGGCGAGCAGCUCGAUCGACUACGACACCGACAUGCGCAUCACCGAGGUUAUCCACGAAGCCUUUUGCCACAGCAGUGUGCUUACGAUUGCACACCGCCUGCGCUCGGUCAUUGCCUACGACCAGGUGCUCUUCCUGGACAGGGGCAGCGUCGUGGAGAUCGGCGAGCCGCAUGUCCUGCUGCAGAACAAGCAGUCGCGCUUCUUCCAGCUCUGCCAGAGCGCAGGGCCGGCAGAACUUGCCUAUCUGCUCGAUGCAGCGGGCACUGCACGGAAGAAGCGGGCGCAGAACUAG